AUGACGAUUUUCUUUCUUAAUUUUUUUGCUGUUCAGGUCCUAACCAUAACAACUACCACACCAUCUACAAUACCGAACAAAACACCAACAACGAGUUCAACCACCUCAUCAACGACAAUUACAACCACAACACUUAUGCCAACACUGAUUGCAAAACCAACUGUAAAGAUGACUAAAACACCGACCUCCAUAACCAAGCCAGAAGUAGGAUUUUGUUCUCAAACAAAAUGUGACAAAAAUAAUGAGUGUAUCAAUGCUACGGUUCCAGGAUUAUGUUAUUGUUUAAUUGAUAAAGGAUACUUCUGUCCAUAUGUUCUAAAACCAACGUUAGUGCAUAGCUCAUCUUCAACCGCUACUAGAAUUGCUUCUAUGAAAUCAAUGAAUUCGAUCACACCAUCCACAACACCAAACAAACCACUAAAACCGACACCAACCACUACAUCAUCGAAAACAAUAUCAACCACUACACCGACGACAAAGUUUGGUACAACACAAAUUGCAUCGCCAUCACCAAUGAGAACACCACUUUCAACCAGCACACAAAUCACAUCAUCAUCGAUGAAUAGAAUAUCAACUACGCAAACAUCUAUACUUACCGAAAAUUCAACAGCGUCGACAUUUUCAACAGAACCACUUGCAGUUGGAUCAUGUUUUGAAACUAAAUGUGACGUGUAUGACACAUGUAUUAAUACUACCGGUCCAGGACUGUGUUACUGUGUAGCAGAUACGGCAUAUUUUUGUCCUUUUAUAGUCAAAGCAAAACCAACAACCGCCUCCCAAUCAAUGACAACUAAAAUAACUACAACUCAAAGUACAAGACCUGGUACCAGUAAAAGUUCAACACUAGCAGAAAAUAAAUCAGGUAAAUAG